GAGCUGUAUUCUACCAUAUUCCCACUAUCCCGUACAGCGCACGCCAGAAAGAUAAGGUACACCUCUCAAAGAGAAAGGUACACAGCGACAAUGUCGGUGAGCCAGGACGCUCUUCCUUACAAGGAACCCUCGGGGUCACUGCGUGCGUCAUAUUCGUCCAUAUCUACGCCGGUAUACACGGAAGGUACAGGGCGUAGCACAGGUUUGGAUGAGAGGUACGAAUUGAACAGCUUUGUACGAAACGAAAGAAAGAACACCUGUCUCAUCGUCAACAUUGAGGCGUUUGACACGCUUCCGUAUCGAAAUGGUGCCGCAGAAGACACGAAGAAAAUACACGCUUUGUUCGAUGAACUAGGAUUCACAUGCAUGUUGGUCACGGCAAACGGAGUCGUGAACUACGCAGACGUCCAGGAAGCCACAGGCAGACCUGGCAAUAGGCUUACGAGAAGGGACAUACACAAGGCAAUAAAAGAUGUAAAGGAAAAGAUUGACUCCGAAUCCGAUAUCUUUGCUUGUUGGAUCAUGAGUCAUGGUAAGAGAGGCCACAUAGUCGGCAGUGACAACGAAGAAGUAUACCUGGACGAAAUCCUGCAGGAAUUUACUGAAAAAGGCUGCGAGAAGCUCAAAGGGAAACCGAAAUUGUUCUUUGUUCAGGCCUGUCAGGCACCUGGUGAAGAUGAGGAGGACAACGAUAAAUGCUGGGACUACGACAUUACACCAUAUGCGGACUUUUUUGUGGGAUUCUCCACUCCUUCUGGAUAUGUAUCCUACCGAGAUACCAUAGAGGGAUCGUUCUACAUAAAAGCGAUGGACAAAGUUUUCAGGAGCUGUCUCGAGAGAUCCAGCAGUGUGGACUUCACCAGGGUAAUGACCCUGGUAGGAAACGACGUAGCCAUAAAUUUCAAAGCAACAAGGGAUGAUGAGCGGGUAGUUACGCAGAUGCCCUGCUAUGUGUCUUCACUCGUCAAGAGAAUUUUUCUUUCCAAGGCCGCGCCGCGUACAUCUCCUUAAGAUUUACGAAUACACUGUUGCCAAUAAAUUGGCACGUGAUGCUAAUUGAGAAUGAGACUCACGUGCAAACUUCUG